CCGAACAAGCAUAUGAUCAGACCCCUCUCUGCUGCCUGUCGUAAAGUAACAGGAAAGAGAGAGAAGAAAGGAGAAGAGAAAGAGAGAGCGGAAGAAGAAGGAAGAUGGGUCGUGGGAAGGUGGAGAUGAGGCGGAUCGAGAACAAGAUCAGCCGGCAGGUGACGUUCGCCAAGCGCCGGAACGGGUUGCUCAAGAAAGCGUACGAGCUCUCGCUGCUCUGCGACGCCGAGGUCGCCCUCAUCAUCUUCUCCGGCCGCGGCCGCCUCUUCGAGUUCUCCAGCUCAUCGUGCAUGUACAAAACACUUGAGAGAUACCGCACCUGCAACUACAAUUCACGGGAAGGACCUCCGGUGGAAAAUGAAAUUAAUUACCAGGAAUAUCUGAAGCUGAAGACCAGAGUUGAAUUUCUUCAGAGUUCACAAAGAAAUAUUCUGGGUGAAGAUCUGGGUCCACUUAGCAUGAAAGAUCUUGAGCAGAUUGAGAACCAAAUAGAUGUAUCCCUGAAGCAUAUCAGGUCUAGAAAGAAUCAAGUAUUACUUGAUCAGCUAUUUGAUCUGAAAAGCAAGGAGCAAGAAUUGCAGGAUCAAAACAAAGACCUGAGGAAGAAGUUGCAAGAUACGAGCUGUGGAGAGAAUGCGGUCCAUAUGUCCUGGCAAGACGGAGGAGGGCAGAGUAGCUCCAAUGGGAAUGGCAUUGAUCCUUAUGCGGGACUCCUUCAACACCAGGAACAUGAAUCCUCCAUGCAAAUUGGGUAUCAUCAAAACUACAUGGACCAGCUGAACAACGAAGAUCACACGGCUUCUCAGCACCCUAAUGCACAGCCUGGAUCGUCUGCAGGUUGGAUAUGAUUGGUUGGUCUGGCCCUGCGUGCCGUGUGUAGCUAAAUCUGGAUGCCAGUUCUUAUAUUUUCGUGUGGUCAACGUGGUUUGUAUCUACCGUAUUACAUAUGCUAAGGGCAUAUAAAAUGAUUGAUUAAACAAUCUAACUUACAAAAUAAA